AUGAACAGGGCCGCAGGCAGCUAUCGCAAGAAUGUGAAGCAGCUCAUGAUCGACCUGGAAGGCCAGAGCAAAGAGAUUGCCAAGGCCAUAGUGGAAGCUCAAAAAGUGGGUAUUGACUGCUUGGAUGCAGACGAUGCAUUUGCCAUUCUCCCGGACAUCAGCAAAGAGCUCAAGGUCCACAAGGGCAGGUGCAUGGAGCAGGAGAAUACAGACUUUGACUUCAUCGAGGAAUACCGGCAUGAUGUCAGCGAUAGAGUCAAGGCACUGCAGGCGGCCUAUGAUCAGGACGGCGCAGUCAAACGUCUCAUUGUCAGUGAGAAGGAGGUGCACGCGCUGCAGAAGGCAGUGAAAGAGAGCCACCGCGAGUGCCAGGAGUGCUACGAAGAGGGCGCAGCAUCUCUGAGGGAGCAGCACUCCGAGCUGAUGCACUAUGGCACCAUCUACAAGCGCCUGCUCAAGACUGCACAGUCCCUGACAGAGGAGCACCGAGCAAAGCUGAUGAACGAGCUGCUGGAGGGAGAGUUGGAGGAAAAGAAGAAAGCUCAGUCCAAGGCCCAGAAGAAGCGCGCCAAGCAGGCCAAGGAAAGGGCCAAGGCACAAUCCCUCUGCAACGGCGGCCGAUCUGAGAAGAAGGAAGAGAAGGAGCAGGAAGAGAAAAUGGAGGAGCCCCCAGAAGAAGAGGACACGGCUUGGGAGUCCGAGUACGCAUCAGCGGGCAACUGGAAGCAUCUGCUGGAGGCUGACACCGCGCACAUAGAGGAGGCCGCCAGCAGUACCGAGCACAGUACCCCCCGCGAUGCCGGCUCUUCAGACGAUGGCAAAUCCGCAGAAAUUGCUGAGGAGGCCACACCGCGGCCAGACGGCAGUGAGGACUCCUCUGCAGGCAUUACAGCAAAGACCACCCCAUCUCAUGCAAACGACAGCUCAACUUCAUCCGAGGAAGAAUUAGCAGAGCAGCAGAGCAGCAGCCCUUCCUCCUCUGAAGCUGCGGCCGAUAGUGCAGCGAACGGCGAGAUCACCAGCGCCAGUGGGCAGCCAGGCACCUUUGACGCAGCCUGGGACUCUGCGGUCGACAAGUGGCUGGGCCGAUUGAGCGGGCGGGUUGCCAGCAAGGCGCAGGCGUCAAAGUGCAGAGUGGUCGCGCAGCGCAGCGCCAGCUAUGCGUCGCUACCGCAGCAGGCACAGUCCAAGCUGGAUCACCAGGUCUCAGCUGCCUGGGAGGAGGAAGCCGACCGGAACGCGCCGGUGACUGCGCCGGCCACCACGGCCGACGGCCCGGCCCGCGCCGGCAGCGGCGGCGCUGGUGCGCCCCCGGUCACUGCCGCGCCGCGGCGGAUCGGUACUGCGGCUCCAGGCAGCAGUGUGCAGACCGCGCUGCCCAAGCGGUCAGCGGAGGAAACGCCGCCAGCGUCCGCGGACGCGUCUGCGGCAGCAUUCCCGGCAGCCGUCGGCCCGCCAAGCGUGGCCGCCGCCGCGGCCCUGGUCAGCGCAAAUCAGCACCUGAGCACUCCUACAGAAGGUGGUGUCGGAGACUUCCUGCAGCAGCUGAUGCCACGGCCGCAGCCGAAGGAGUUGGGUCCUCCUUCAUUGCAGCAGACCAGGCAGGUGAAGCCGCCUCGGCCGCAGCCGAAGAGCUCCUCGGACAGCUCGUCUGGGGCAGAGCAGUCUGUGCUUCGCCCGGCCACGCCCUUCGCACCCCAGAGGGUGGUUCCUGCAUCGCAGCAGGCUCAGCCGCAGCUAGCAGGCGAGGUAUGUUCCGCACAGCCGGUGCCGGCAGCACGCACCGGCGCAGAGCCCAGCAGCGGGGUUGCUCUGCCUCGUCAGGCGCCUGCUAGCUCCCAGGUAGCAGUGGAAGACGAAAAUCCGGCAAUGGUGCUGCCGAUGGGAACGCUGCGGCCAAAUGGCAAGAGCCCCCAGUCGUCCCUGCUGGCUGCCGCAGCCGCAAAGCGCCCUGCGCUCUCACAGCCACAGCCGCCGCCGCCGCCGCCGCCGCGGCCCGGUGCCGUCUCCGGGGCUCCACCGACUCGGGCGCUGUCGCCGGCGGAGCUGGCUUGGGUGUCCAAGAUGCAGCAGAGCGCCCUCGUCACGCCGCCGCGGCUGGCGCAUGCGCCGGCCGGCGGCGCAGCAUUGCCGCAGCCGCCGCUGCUGCCGCCUUCGCCGGCCACCGCCGAAGCAGCGCAGAAACAGGGGCAGGCAGGGGCUGAAACCGCUGUCAAGGCGCAGGAGAGCGGCCGCGCGCUGGUCACGCCGCCCAGAGGUGCAGAUCCGCAGAGCCGAGACCGCUCGACAGAUUUGCCGCCUCCACGGCUCCCGACGGUGUCUCAGCAGACUCCACAGCCCCCACCGUCCCCACUGCAGGAGGCUCAGCAGAGGGCCACUGCCCCGCUCGCCCGAGCUGAGGGCCUUCAGAGGGGCCCAUCAGCAGCUGUCCUGACUCCCCAGCAGGCGCCAGCGCCUCGGCAGCCGGAGCCACGGCAGCUGCAGGGCUUCCAGGUGAAGCUGUCGUCAGCCGGCGCGGCAGCUGCCGCGGCAGCUGCCAGGCAGCUGCAGCCGCAGUCCAGGGCUCCAACCGCGCCACCGAGGAACGUCGCUGCCGUUCAGCAGACUCCGGAGGAACGGCUUCUAGCGCAGCGACAGCCGCCGCCGCCGGUGCCCGCACGCAGGAGCGUUCCUGCGGCGCAGCCAUCGUCCAGCAUUGCGAUGACUAUUGGCGUGUCAUCGGCCAGGCCGGCGGUGCAGCCGGGGCCGGCGAGGGAUGCGGUCUCUCGGGGACAGUUGGCGGAGGAGGCCAGGUCUGGCGCUUCGUCGGGGAACGCAGACCCCACCAAGGUGGAGCGGGCCAGCGCGCAGAUCAUGCAGGCGCUCGGCCUGGCGCCCGGCGGAAGGCGCUCAGCUGCAAAGUCCACCGAGGCAAAGGCGGCGGCGAAGCAGACGCCGCUCUUGCAGCAGAAGCUGGAAAGCCUGGUGCAGCCUGUGCGGCCCAUGGCGGCCGUGGCGCCAACGUCUGCGGCAGCGGCGGUGCCUGCGCAGCACACAACGACCAACGCGGGCCAGCCACAGGGGUCAAUAUGGUCGGCCGCACAGAAGCCGCUGGCCCUGCAGGCACCUGCGGCAAAGCCUCCUUCAGAGCGCAUCUCAGGCCUCCCUCAGCACCGUACAGCCCCUCCUUCACAGCUCUCACAGCCAGUGCCACCGCCGGCAGCGAAACCCUCCUCUGCGCGCAUCGCAGACCCCGUGCACAAUCGCGCGCCGCCCCCGGCGCGGCCGACGCGCGCCACGGCCGAGGCGGCCGCCAACACGGCGCUGCAGCGGCGGCCGCCGCCGAGCGCGGCGCCUAUUCAGGAGCCUGCCAAGGCACUGCCGAGCCAGGAUGUCAGAUACACUCCUGGUCCCGUGCACAGCCUACCAUCAGACCUGGGGCCAGCAGAUGCUUCUGCGGAGAUUUCUGUUCCGGCCACGCCGCUGCGAUUCGGCAGCCUGCCCUCCGAGUUGAUUCACCCUGUGCCUAUCUCAGUCGACGCCACCCUGGACAAGCUCAACGGCGUUCCCUCCAAGCCGGACAAACUCAGCGGCUCGGACGCGCCUCAGCCCCCCGCAGCCACCAGCUCAGCUGCCAGCUCAGCAGCUGACUCAGCGGAGCCGGGCGAAGCGCGCGUGCCGGCGGCUGUCGGACAGCUGCUGUCGAGUCUCUUUGGCGCAGCCGUCUCUUCGAGCAGACCCCCCUCCGAGACGGCCCCCUCCGAGCAGCAGUCUGACAGCGCAGCAGAGAUGUCAUCGCAGGCAGCGGACAACGGCGCAAGCCUCCCGCCAGCCGAGCAGCAGCAGUUGCAGCAGCAUUUGGAGUUGGGGGGCAUGCGGCCACCGGAGAACACCAUGCAGCCAAGGCAGCAGCAGCGGCUGUCGCUGCUGCACAGGCUGUGCACAGGGCAGCAUGCUGCGAGAAAGCAGACAGGGAGUGUUAGCACGGCAGGGCACACCAGCACAGCUGCGGACCUGCCGGGGGUGAGAGAGGACGGGAUCGCCUCAGGAGAGGCGGCCGCCGUCGGCCGCGCUUUCGGCCCCCGGGCGAAGAAGAUGCAUGCUGCGAUGGGCGGCGCUGACAUGGCAGCAGAAAUGCUGCUGCCGUUGUGCUGCCCCAUCACCAAGGAUCUGAUCCAGGAGCCGGUGAUUGCAGCGGAUGGUAUCACAUACGAGAGGGCUGCGAUUACCCAGUGGAUGUCACGGAGAAAGGUCUCCUAUGUGACUAAGGCGUUCAUGCGCCCAGAGCUCGUCCCCAACAGGAAUGUGCAGGCCAUAAUCGACAGGCUGGCGAGCGCCUGA